CUCAAUAUCGUUUGCCUGUGAGCCAUGGCGUAAUUGGUUUGAUGACCAUCUCAGACUCUGGUGCGCUUCUGCAGAAUGCCACGGCAUUGAUGAGGGGCGCGUCGACAGGGUCGUGGUGAAGUCCUGUCUUGCAAGGUAAAUCAGGUCUUCAGGUGGACGGCGAUGGCGAUGGCGACAGGAGGUGGACGUCUGGUCAGCCAUCCCCCAGUGCCUUCCCCAGAUGGAAAGCGAUGCCUCAUCUGCAGCGGCACCACCAUCAGAGUCCACAGUGUUGCCACUGGCGAGCAGCUACUCAUCCUCCAGGGCCAUUCGGCAGCGGUCACUGCGAUUGUUAUCGAGGGUUUCAAAUUGGGUGGGAACUUGGUGGAGGGUGGGCAGGGGGCGGGGGAGCUGUCGCAGGCAUGGUCGGCCUCUCUGGACGGCACUAUCAGGCAGUGGGACUAUGUGAGGGGCAGCAUGUUGAGGACGGUAACGGUGGGUUACCCGAUCAAGUCAAUGGUUGUGCCAGGCUUGGGAGAUCGGCGGGGUCUGGCUGCGUACGGGCGGAAUGCAUACUUGUCGGUGUGGUGGAAGCAUGGGCAGGAGCCCCCGCAGGCAAGGGGGCCAUCGGUGAAACUGCAGAAGAAGCCAAAAGUCAAGAAGAAGGGGAAGAAAACAGGCGCACCAGAGAGUAAAGAUGACAGCAACCGGGAAGGAAUGGGCGAUGGCUCUCAUAUUAGUGUCCCCGAGCACAGAGAUGCAGAAGGAAACCCUGUUGAACCGGAGGAUGGUAAACCUGUCGUCAGCGGAAGCGAUGGGCGGCGGUCGGGGCGCGUCCUGCAGUUUGAUUUGGCGAAGGGCGAGAUUGUUUUGCCCUUUUUGGCGCGGACAAAUGAGCCGCACCACCUGGUGGACAGCCUGCGGGGGGGCCUGGUGGGCACGUACGACCAGCACACGGUCCUGGUGUGGAGGACGGCCGACAACAAGGAAGUGCGCCUGCACCAUACCAAGCCCAUCCGCAACAUCGCGUUCCACCCAAGCGAAACGAUGGUGGCGGCCGGAGACGCCAGCGGGCGCAUCCUGGCCUGGUACGACGUGGGCGCCCUUCGAGAUGCGAGCGACCAGGACCAGGCAGCAAGCACGUCUGCGCCUGACAAGGCCUUGCACCGCAGAAUACUUAGGGAGGGGCGCGCCGGAUUUGAGGGCCGGACGAGUGGCCAGCUGAUCGGCAGUCCGCGUGCUGGGGGUGCCGGAAACACGAGGUUUGGGAAGGGGGGGGUGCGGUUGGGAGACGAUGCGUCGGCACUUUCGACAUGGCACUGGCAUGCGAAUGCAGUGGGGGCUCUCGUGUUCAGCGAGGAUGGGGCGUAUGUUUUGUCGGGCGGGGAGGAGGCGGUGCUGGUGCUGUGGCAGGUCGAGACUGGCGUGAAGCAGUUCCUGCCACGCAUGGGGGCGCCAAUCCGAUAUAUUGCCGGGAUGCCCGACCCAACGCUGUUUGCGGUUUCCUGCCAAGACAACGCAAUUCGCUUCGUGAACACUGCCUCCAUGAAGGUGGUCCAAACCAUCCAGGGGAUCAAGCCCGCCCCUGCCACCCCCAAGAAGACCCCCUUCGUGUCCUUCUCUCCCAUCGUGGAGCCCGCAGAGGGCCGCCUGGUGCUUCCGUCCCCCAACGCCACCCUUCAAGUGUACGAUGUGUUCCGGGAUCGACAGGCGGCCGAGCUGCAGGUGGCACCCCGCAACUUUACGGCGCCACCCAAGCAAGGCCAAGAGCUGCCAGCGGUGGUUGUGUCCCACGCCACCUUCAGCGCCGAUGCGUCUGUGCUGGUGACCAUCGAUGCCAUGGAACCGGAGGAGAACAUUGGCUCCGGCCUCUGCCUCAAGUUCUGGGAGAAAGAGGCGAGCACAUCGGGGUACCGUCUCAACACCCGGGUCGACGAACCACAUACAGCUGCCGUGACGUCCCUGGUGUUCCACCCCUCCGCCCGCAUGGCCGUCACCACCUCCCUCGACGGCGACUUCAAGGUCUGGGUUCCUGGCCCCAACUCUUCUGCACGCUCCGCCGCCGAACCCUCCGUCUCAUGGCGCUGCCGCUCCGUCGGCUCUUACCGCUCCGAACCCCUCCGCUGCGCCGCGUUCACGUGGGACGGCUCCCUUCUUGCGGUGGGUGCGGGCGAGACGCUCACUCUGUGGAACACGGUCUCGGGCGGGCUUAUGUGCGCGCUGCCGCCGGGGCUCUCCCCGGACCAGAGCAUAAUCAGAGUCGAGUCUGCGCACGGGUCCCACUUUUUGGUGCUGACUGCCCGGGGAAAAGGCGCGCGGCCGAUGCUGGUGGCGUGGAACCUGCUGACGAUGAGCGUCUGGUGGGCGUACCACCUCCAAGUCAAAGAGCUGGCGAUGGACCCCAGAAGCUCGCGCUUCGCCGUCCUGAUCCUGGAUCCGGAGGAGCGACCGAAAGCGGCGCCAGUCGGGCGGAAGAAGGCCGGCGGAAAGGGCCGGCCGCGCGAGAGGGCGGGCUACGUGGUGGCGUUUGAGGCGCACAGCCCGACCCCGCUCGUCGCCUGGAGGCUGCAAAAGGCCGGUGGGGCCUCUCUAGUGUUCCUCCCUCCCGCCCCUGGGUCUGGUAAGUCUCGGGAUAGUCAGCUGCUAAUUGCUACCCGGGACCGAGAGCUGAGGCAGCCGAGGGUCCGUCUGGAUACGAAGCAAUCUAUGGGAAGCUGCCGGCAGCAAAACAGCCCGCACAAAGUAGAAAAGCCGCAGCGGGCCUGGGCAUGCGGCCCUGGGGCGAGCUCUUCAGUGGACCGUCGCACAUGCUACCUUCGCUCACAAGAAUCAUGCCAGCAUUUAUGGAGGCGAUGCUGCAGCAAAGACAAGAUUUUUGACAGAAGCUUGUUUCCUGAUUGCUUUGGAAGAGUGUUUGUUAUUACGGGGUAUUUCUUAGAGCCAAGCAGCCGCGCGCAGCAGACAUUUUUUUGA